CCAAGUGAUGCUCGCACUCCCAUUACUCCCCGUCGCCGUCGUGUAACCAGGAUCGUCGCAUGGCUCUGACUGACUGAUGGACGCUGAAGUGGAUUUGACCGAGUACAAUGGCGAUGCUCUCGUCGUCACCGCUGGCCUCUUCCUGGCCCUCAGCUGGGCAUCUGUCGUGCUGAGAACCUAUGUUCGCGUUUUCCUGACCAAGGCAUAUCAGGCAGAUGACUGGCUCAUGCUGAUAUCUCAGGUCAUUUUCACGCUUUCUUGUUCCUUCAUUCUCGCCGGUAUCCAAAAUGGCCUCGGCAUGCACAACAAGGCUCUCGACCAGGACCGCGAGAUCACUGCCUUGAUGUACCAAGCCCUCGCGACUGCGACUUACGUCCUGAACAUGAUGUUCAUUAAACUCAGCAUUGGUGUCUUCCUGUUGCGAUUGGCCCCUUCCAAGGUCUAUGUUUGGACAAUCUACAUCAGUCUCGCCAUCGUCUGCCUCUGGACCGUCGUCCUUUUCUUCUGGAAUUUAUUUCAGUGCAGUCCGGUUGAGGCCCAGUGGGAUUAUACAAUUUCUGAUGGCCGCUGCGUCAGCCCCGAAGAGGUCGUCGCAGCCGCAUACUCCCUCUCUGUCAUGACCAUUCUCAGCGACUGGCUAUAUGCCCUGAUCCCCAUACCCAUAAUUUGGAAAGUCAAAAUGACAACGAUGGCCAAGAUCUCCGUCGUCGUGCUCUUAGGCCUGGGUAUCUUUGCCAGCAUCGCCACUCUGAUCCGCCUCAAAUUCCUCUCCGACUUGGCCGACAUAGAUGAUAUUCUCUUUACCGGAACCGACGCCAUGGUCUGGACCCUCGUCGAGCCGGGCGUCGCCAUAAUCGCCGCAAGCCUCGUCACCGUCCGCCCCCUCCUCAGACUGCUCCGUCUCCAAGGCUUCACCUCGACCGGCCGAACGCCGUACGUGCACGGAUCGGGUUGGUCCGGCGUCCAAAGCUCCGCCGCCCGCAGACACGAACACAAACCGGGCUUCCACUCCGCCAUCACAGCAACCACGAGUAAAUCAACCCACAACAGAACCGCGCCUCUACCGCCAUUACACCGCCCGCACGGCGACGGGGACGGCGACGGCAAGACGGCGCCGCAGUGGAUAUCUCCCCUCGCCAUGUCGCCGUUCAACCCGCCGCCGCCGAACGAUCGUUACGGGCACCCUCCUCCCCCAUUUGGUGAAUUUCACCAACCCGCCCACAUAGGGCUUGCUCUUUCCAGCGACCCGGGAAGCGGCUUGUCUGCCCCGAGGGCCAGGAACUUGGUCAAGAGCGAGAUGUACGUCAUUGAAGGGGCGCGCGUUGGCGAUGGUUCGGAGGAAUAUCCGUUACCUUCACCCCGGACGUCCUCGAUUGAGUUGGAAGGGAUGGAGGCGCAGAGUCAGGACAGUGGCCGUGUAGGACUGGGUGUAGGUUCGAGGAGGUGGUGACGACGGC